GUUGAUAAAGGAGUAGCCCUAAAUUGAUGGUCUGUUUCUGUUGUUGCCGAUGUCGGAUGUAGAAUCCGAUGUGUCAACAUCUUUAUAUACUGAAUUACAAGGAGGACGGAUGAGGAAGAUGAAGGGUCUCAUUUCGGCCGUUAGUAGGCCCGGAACAUUGAAAACUCUCGCUGUCGGAAAUUUCCUUCUUUUUCUUGUUCAUUGGAUCAUCAAAUUUGAACAAGUCCGUCUUCAUGGAAAUUUUCAAGAUCUUGACAUCCCAGUUGAAAAGGGUUUUGUGCCCUUAGGACUUCAGGAAUAUGAAUCUCUUCCAGAUUCUGGAUCGUAUAGGAUUCCCAAGAUUAUCCAUCAAACGUGGAAAAACACUGAAAUUCCGAGUAAGUUCAUAACCUGGAUUAAAACUUGGAAAGCCAAUCACCCGGACUGGGAGUACUUUCUGUGGACAGAUGAAAGUGCACAUGCACUUAUCAAAGAUAAAUAUCCGUUUCUGUUGUCAACAUUUGAUAAUUAUUCGGAAGGUAUUCGUAAAGCGGAUGCCCUCCGCUACGUCAUUCUGUAUGAGUUCGGAGGUGUUUAUGCAGAUAUGGACCUUGAAAGUCUAAAACCUAUCGAUCCUAUGGCCAAGAAAUUUUCCUGUUUUAUCAGUCAGGAACCAUACGAGCAUCCCAUCCUUGAUGCAAAUUUUGAACACCUGGUAAUCAACGCUCUUAUCGGUUGUCAAGCUCGACAUCCAUUCAUGAAGAAAUUGAUGGAUAAUUUACCUGCCUUCCGACAUAUGUGGAACGUGCUUGACAGCACGGGGCCCCACUUUGUGACGUUAAUAUAUAAUGAGUAUAUGAAAAGUAACAUCCCGUCCAUUCAGGAUCAGGGUGUGUUUCUCUCACCUCCAGAGUAUUUUUUCCCGACCAUAGAUCCGGCGAAACAUUUCUGGUUCCGCAUGCAGUGCGGAAAGUUUCACAAAUUAAGCAAUCUCCAGCAAAAGGCUUGUAAGACUCUCAAAGUAAAAGGUGUGAAUCGCAAACCGACGGCUGUAGCCUUUACUGACCAUCACUGGAUUCAUACGUACAUAGACUUUAGAGUUUCACUAAAAGGACCCGUUAAUAUCUUCCAGAUUGUACCGGAUGCAAAGAUCUACGGCAAUACUUCAUAACUCAUUUGUUUUAAACAAUUAUUUAUUUAAGUAACGGUACAUUGUCAAAUUACAUCAUUUAUAGUGGAUAUAUUUCACUAAGGUUGCUGCAAUGCUUGUGGCCUGAAAAACUACAGAAAAACCCUUGUACAUGUUUUUCGACUGCUCAAAGUAUUCUUGUUGUGUAAGUAUUUGCAUAAGUGUUGCUGCAGUUAUAUAAUUAAUAUUUGAUAAUGCAUCAGUAUGUUGGUAUGUGUAUCGUUGUGUCUUGUUCCAGUAAAUGUGAAUUGGGUGAAUGUUACAGUAUGCAGAUUGUUAAAGUGUUGCUUAUUUAAAUUAUAUUAAUGAUACAUUCACAAAAUCAAUUUGCCAGCUCUCCCUAUUUUUGAGGGAAAUUCCUGAUUUUGGACCCUUAAAUUUAACAUUUCCAACUAGUGAAUUUGCUAAAUAAUUCCUAUAUGUUCUAAAAUCUAAUUAUUUCAUCUGAAAGAACAACUGAAAAUUGUCUUUUGAAAUGCUCUUUUGUGUCUAUGGGGUAAUAUUCACACAUUUAAUUUAUGAUUUUAAUUUUGAGCAUGCAGAAUCUCUCCCAUAGAAAUUUCAAAAGGUUGGCAAUUACCACAAAAUACAGUAAUAAUGAGAGAAUCCUUUUAAUUGAUAGUAUACCACUAUAAUUGUACUACUGGUAGGAAGGCAACAAGCCGACACAACUAUUCCCAGAAUCACAGUCCUAUAUGAAUCUGUGAACUGAUUAUCUUCAUCAAAAUAUUUUUUCUUAAUUUUACAAGAUAUAAAACAUCUCAACGUAGAUAUAAGUUGGUGGGCGUCUUCGUCAUCGCUCUACAACCUUCAUUUUCAAUCCAAUACAAACGAAAUUUCAUGUAGUGGUUCAGUACCAAUAUAUCUGGAACAUGUUUGAAUUUCAACAUUCUGGCCUCAAGGUCAUGGUCACUGUUACUAAAAAUAGAUGAAUCAAUAAGCAUUGUUUAACAAUCUUCAUUUUCAAUCCGAUUCCAAUGAGACUACAUAUAGGAGUUCAGUACCAAGAUAGUUUGAAUGAGUUCGAAUUUCAAAAUUCUAGGCUUAAGGUCAAGGUCACUUGUUAAAAAUAGCAUUUUGCUUUGUUGCAUGUGUAUGGAUGAUGACCUAAAAACAAAUGACCUUGCAGAGUUAAAGCUUUGGUUUCUCCUGAUGAGGAUACCCAAAACCUUCAUUUUGUGUUCAUCUGACACAAACCAAAGCCUCACAGAUACCUAGAUUCAUGCGGUUGUUUUUGUACUGAAUUAAUUAUUUCUACUUGCAAUACUUUGAAAAAAAAUUCUACAACAAAAUAAAACAAAUUAAUAUCAGUUUAAUAUUUCUUUAUUUUUUCCUGCCAUGUUCAUACAAAAGCCUUUGACAUACUGGAAUACAGUACAAGGAUGAAUGAAUACAAUCUGAAGGAUGGAAAGUUUGAUACAUGAUAUGAGUGAAGUAAAAUAACUUAGUCGCUAUGACAACUAUAUAUAUAUAUAUAUAUAUAUGUAAGUGCCGUUAUAACAUACAGGUACUUAAUAGAAUGUCGAUCAUGAUAUCACCAGCUUUCACAAGAUUAUCAAACAAUAUACACAAAUAUUGGGACAAUUAAGAAUAUAUAUAUAUAUUUUCAGAUUCAACAUAUAAAUGUACUACAUACAGCUAUACCUUGUAGAAUUUCAAAUAAAUACAUCUAUCAUGUCUCAAAUUAUACAUAAACAAAAUGCCUUUCAUUGGUAUGUUUAUACACUUAUAUGUACUCUACAAUGACGACGUGACGGAUGCUGAUGGAAUCUCUCAGCAGUAGUAACAUAAGGUGCAUCGGUCAGAUUUCGCUUUGAAAGUGUUGCACCGUUUUUCACAAUCAAGGGAGAAAUUCUUACAUUAUGACUAGAACCAAAUAGUAGAAUCCUCUCUGGCUCUAGGAUAGUAUCAUCAGGGAGACCUAAGUUAUAAAAAAUACAUAAUAUAAAUAAGAUUAAAAAUUAAAGUAAGGUGUACAAGCCCCUGUGUGAGAUUGUCCAACUAUUAUAACAAGUGUACAUGCCCCUCUGCUAGUUAGAUUGUCUUAUAAUUAUAAACAAUUUAAUAUAUUUUAUGGAACUUUCAACUUACAAUUAUGAACAUAAAUUAUACCAUAUUUAUCCAACAAUAAGCUCGUUCUUGCUAAUCUGCCGACCAACAUCAACUGUCCUGUAAUAAGCCCAUUCUUAAUUUUAGUCGGGAGUCCUGGGCUUACUGCGGGAAAAAUAUGGUACUCCAAAACAAGUAGCUUUGUACACAAAUAUAAUAAAUGAUGCAAAAACUUAACAAAAUGAGUAACAGAUUUUGGACAUCAACCCUUAUCUGGAGAAAGAUUGAAUAUGUAGCUUAAUGCUGGCUUAACAGUCCCGAGGUAAUUCACACAUUUGUUGAACUUGUCAAAUAUUUAUAAAUCAAUUAGUGUGAAACUCAUUUGAAAGGAGAUUUAAUUCAGUAAGGUAGGAUACACCCUUAAACAAAACUAUUAACCUGUUUAUCUGUGGUUUCCCAACAAAACUUUAUAACUUGAGUUCAAAAGGUUCUCCCUGAAAUGAUUACAUAGGACGAUACAACACACAUACCCUGCGUAACUCCUUAAUCACUACGUUAAAAAUAUACUCUCGAAAUGAUUGAUCAGUCAGAAAAUAUGGCUCAAUGAAUGUUUUCUGUCCAAGGCACUUGUGAAAAAACUCAAAGUCUUGAAGAUAGAACAGUCCUUUCAGACUUAAUAUGACAUGUUCCAGAUUCAAUCAAUUUCAUCCAGCAAUUCUCUGAAGAAGUUGAACAUUUGAAAAAGGUCUACCGAUGGACGGACAAAUGCCAAACACUGCGAUGACACAACGCAUUGGGUUCUUUUGGCCAAGUUAGAGAGGAAAAAAUUAUGGACAACAAACAAUAAACAAGUUAGUACCCUAUCUUUAAAAUUUGGAAAAUUUCUCGUUUUAACUCAUUCACCCCUGA